AAACUCCAUGGCGUUGCUUAAUCCAACUCUCUUACGCCUCCCAAAUCACUAACUUCAACUCAGCCACACCAUUUGAUUUCUUCAUUUCACACACCAACUCAACAAUCAACCUAUUAAUACCCAUACCAUCCCAUAGUAAGAGGAUCUGAUUGUCUACCCUCUCAUUUACCGCCAUCAAUGGCUAACUCUCUGCUCUCUUCUAACUUCUUUGGUACUCAACUUUUACUGUCUCCUCCAACACCAAAAACUACAAGAAAGUUGCAGGUUACUCAAUCCAUCCUCAACAAGAAACCCAACUCUAGCCACAGUGUUAAAACCCUCCAAUCUCAUGCCACUAUUGCUGCCUUACUCUUCUCUUCCGUAGCUCCGCAAGCACUCGCCGUUGACAACGCCCCACCCACUCCCCCACCUGUAAUUGAAGCCCAGCCUACGAAGCCAAGCCCUUCGAACCAGUCGCCCUUCUCCCAAAACCUCCUCUUAACUGCUCCCAAGCCUCAAUCUCAAUCCUCCGAUCUUCCGGAGGGAAGCCAAUGGAGGUACAGCGAAUUCUUGAACGCAGUCAAGAAGGGGAAAGUGGAGAGAGUCAGGUUCAGCAAAGACGGUUCUGCCCUCCAACUCACCGCCGUUGAUGGCCGUAGAGCCACCGUGAUUGUCCCCAAUGACCCUGACCUCAUCGACAUCUUAGCCAUGAAUGGCGUCGAUAUUUCGGUAUCCGAGGGCGAUUCCGGUAAUGGGCUUUUCAAUUUUAUUGGGAAUUUGCUUUUCCCUUUCCUUGCUUUCGCUGGAUUGUUCUUCCUCUUCCGUCGGGCUCAAGGUGGUCCAGGUGGCCCCGGUGGGCUUGGCGGACCCAUGGAUUUUGGACGAUCCAAAUCCAAGUUCCAGGAAGUGCCAGAGACUGGUGUUACCUUCUCUGACGUAGCGGGAGCUGACCAGGCAAAAUUGGAACUCCAAGAGGUUGUCGAUUUCUUGAAGAACCCAGACAAGUACACAGCUUUAGGAGCUAAAAUCCCGAAAGGUUGUUUAUUGGUUGGCCCUCCUGGUACUGGAAAGACUCUAUUGGCGAGAGCAGUAGCAGGAGAAGCCGGGGUUCCGUUUUUCUCAUGCGCUGCUUCUGAGUUUGUGGAGUUGUUCGUUGGAGUAGGUGCAUCCAGAGUAAGGGACUUAUUCGAUAAGGCCAAAUCCAAGGCUCCUUGCAUCGUCUUCAUUGAUGAGAUUGAUGCUGUUGGGAGACAGAGAGGAGCUGGUCUUGGAGGAGGAAAUGAUGAGAGAGAGCAGACAAUCAAUCAGUUGUUGACUGAGAUGGAUGGAUUUUCAGGGAAUUCUGGUGUCAUUGUUUUGGCAGCAACCAACAGACCGGAUGUUCUUGAUGCCGCUUUGUUGCGGCCGGGUAGGUUUGACCGGCAGGUUACAGUUGAUAGGCCUGAUGUUGCUGGGAGAGUGAAGAUUCUCCAGGUGCACUCCAGAGGAAAGGCACUUGCAAAGGAUGUUGAUUUUGAAAAGAUCUCUAGGAGGACCCCAGGUUUCACCGGAGCUGAUUUGCAGAACCUGAUGAAUGAAGCUGCCAUUCUUGCGGCCAGGCGCGACCUCAAGGAGAUCAGCAAAGAUGAAAUAUCUGAUGCUCUGGAGAGGAUCAUUGCUGGACCAGAGAAGAAAAAUGCUGUUGUCUCUGAUGAGAAGAAGAAAUUGGUUGCCUAUCAUGAGGCUGGCCAUGCUUUAGUUGGUGCACUUAUGCCUGAAUAUGAUCCUGUAGCUAAGAUUUCUAUCAUUCCUCGUGGUCAAGCCGGUGGCCUUACCUUUUUUGCUCCAAGUGAAGAGAGGCUUGAAUCUGGUCUCUACAGUCGAAGUUACCUAGAGAACCAGAUGGCUGUUGCACUUGGUGGAAGGAUUGCCGAAGAAGUAAUUUUCGGGGAGGAAAAUGUGACAACAGGAGCAUCGAAUGACUUUAUGCAAGUCUCACGAGUGGCAAGGCAGAUGGUUGAAAGAUUUGGAUUCAGCAAAAAGAUUGGACAAGUUGCCAUUGGUGGAGGUGGUGGCAAUCCUUUCUUAGGUCAACAGAUGUCAUCACAAAAAGACUACUCCAUGGCAACAGCAGAUGUGGUGGAUGCAGAGGUAAGGGAUCUAGUAGAGACUGCAUACACAAGGGCAAAGCAGAUAAUCACAACUCACAUUGACAUUCUCCACAAGCUUGCUCAACUUCUGAUGGAGAAAGAAACUGUUGAUGGAGAAGAGUUCAUGAGCCUCUUCAUUGAUGGAAAAGCUGAGCUAUAUGUUUCUUAGAUCGUACAUUAUAUAGUCCCCAUUCAGUCCUUGUAUAACUAUGACCCUCAAAUGUUCAGAUUCAUCUGUGUAUGCUUUCAUAAGAUAGGGAAAAAAAUCUCAAUACUUUUUCUUCCUGUAAUUGAGAAAACCUAUGAUGUGGCCAUGAAAAUUGAAAAUGGAACACAAUUACAGUUUUUUGUCUAAAAAAAUAGAUGAUUAUUUCGCCUGUUAUAAACAUUAAAUUAUAAUUGGGUGUAAAUUUUGCUAGUAGUCCUCGUACUUUAUGAAAGUUUUACAUUUAAUUUUUUUACUUUACAUUGAUCAGUUUUGGAUUUUUUUUAAUUUUUAAAAUUUCAAGUCGGGCAAUUUACCAAUAAAAGCUCUUUUUUUUUUAAA